AUGGAGAGUAUUAAAAUUCCUCCAUCGACAUUUAAUUUUCCUGUGUUUACUGGUGAUACAAUACCUAAUCAAGAACUUGGUCCCACUCGUGAUCAUACGAUGAAUUCAUCAUCUGGUGGCUUUCUCUAUUGGAAUCGAACAAUACCAUACACAUCAUAUAAUAUGGGUAUGCUAUACUUAUCAAAAACAAUUGAAUUCAAUUUUGGUAUGUGUAUUAAAUUUUCUUAUUAUGUGAAAUCAUGGGCAUAUAAUAAGAACAGGACAAGUAUAGCUAUGAAUCCUGUUGGAUGUCGUUCUGAUUCAUGGUUUCGAAUGUUAGAUAAUAGUGAUGGUUGGCAAACAGUUGUCGUACCUGCAUCAAACAUUGUUUGUGCAGCAACAGUUGAAUUUGAUGUCAAUCAGCGAGACUCUAUGUCAGUAUCUAUUGCAUUUGAUGAUAUCGAAAUUGAUCAAUGUAAUUCUAUCAUGCCAUCUACUACAACAAGUACAACAAGUACAACUUCUCAAAUCAUAACAAAAAGUACUCGUUCUAGUAUUAGUUCGACAAAAGGAACGUCAACAAUACCGACAUCAACUUCAGCCAGUACAACUCGAAAUAAUUCUCAUCAACAGGUUUAUUUUGAAAGAUACAAUUUAAUCAUUUUCUAUCUUUUUUAUCAAAUUAUUCGACAAUUGAUUUUCUAA